GAAGGAUGAAUACAUUUUUUUCUGCGGACAAGAAAAGAAACAUUAAAUGACUCAGAUUUUUUGAAAACGUCGAAAUUAGAGGUUCCGUUUUUGUGAAGAAAGCGAUGGAGUAUUAGUGGAAUCAGCUAUGUGCCUUCACAAACUGCAACGUAUUUGAAGCAUAUUUAUGGAUUUGGUUAGCUACUGCGGUUGAGUGAUGUUUCAGUACAUUUCGCUAAUGUAGCAUUGAUUUUCGAGCUGCCAAACUAGCUAAUCAUGAAAAAAUAGCUUUACGCUACCAAGCUAUUCAACUAGCUAGCAAGCUAGACCGCCAAGUUAAACAGGGCUUGGUUAGCUAGCUAGUUAAACUUCAUACGAGCUUGUGGUUGAGUGGUAUUGAGUUGAUUUGUUAAACCCCGUUUCUGCCGUCGUGGUACUGUUAGCGAAGUUAUUUUUCUUAAAAACCCGUUCUGCAGAACCAUACUUGUUGCCAAUGUUGCCUUCGCCAGGCAGAUAGGUGGUGCCAUCUAGUUCCGACUUAAUACAGUAAUUAUGCUAUGCUUAGUUGGUUAGCUACGCUUUCAGCUCCCAGUAUGGACGGCUUGGUUAAAUACAUGGGAAUAUUUAGCCAACUAGAUGACAGUAAUGGAAAAUAACUAGCUUGCUAUCUAGUUGUCAGCGUGGCUAGUUGGCUACUCCCUUCUAAAUUGGCUAGCUAAUUAAUCAGUCACCUAACUUAGCUAGUUAGCUAUAGUUACAUUAUAGCUAACGUUAGAUAUCUUAACUUACGCGACCUUUGCGUUUCAGCUUCGGUCUGGUCUAGCUUCCUCAAACGAAAUGCGAUAAAGCACAGGAACAGGGGGAGUGUCCCGCUUAUUUGGAUAUCUAGCGGUUCCGUUUGGACCGCGGGGUGUAGGUGAGGCCUGCGGGUUGGGCUUUCACUGGAUAACAGUCACAAUACUUCGCCGGGAGCGUAUGCGCUACGGUCGGCUUCAGAAGUUCCAGCAGACGCCAGGGCCCGGGGAACGUGAUGGAGCGAAUGGAAGUUGACCAGUGCGCAGGCGCAGUUAGCGGAGGUGGGGCUCUACGAAGGUCGAAUAGCGCCCCCAUGAUCACUGGCGUCAGCAGUGACAGUAUGAUGGUAUUCAACACUGCCAGCUCGUCUCGAUAUCGCCGGAGCAGCAUGUCCGUGAAUCCUAGAUGUCCUGGACUGGCUCUCCCCCUGUCCCCUUUCUCACUGGUCAGCGAGAGAUCAGAUCACCAAAGGCAGGAUGAAAGUAUGGAGCUUAACAUGAGAGGAAACAGAGUAAGAGAGAGCGCAUCUUCUCUAUUUCCCCUUCCACCUAUCAGUCCAUGGCAAGAUCACCUAUCUCUGGGAAUCGAUUCUCUGGACAGUGGUGUGACACCUAAUUCAUCCCCCAGUCCAACAAGGAGAUACAGAAACAGGGCAGCAUUGAGUACUGCUUUGAGAUUACCCACUUUACAACCUCUCAAGAGGAAAGGUGGAGUCGAGUCUGAUGCGCCACCUAAGAAGCUGUUUGUUGCUGGGAUAUCUGACUGUCCCCAACACACUGGAUACACAGUCAGUGUGUCUCAGACAAGUUCUCCUCCUGCGGCAGUGUCUGUACGUGGCAGCCCACAGGGGAGUCCCUUGUCACUUUCACCCCCACCUUUUACCUCCCACCACCCCACUCUAUAGACAUUCAAACCAGCUAUUCACAGCCCACGAUGAAGUAGUUAAUGUAAACACAACAACAGAGGACAUUGUAAUGGUGGAAGAACUGUUUUCCAAGCCAAUCAGAGAUGGCUAUUAAGACCCAGCCAAGGAAGAAAUAUAUGGGUCUCUUUGCUCUGAUAUCUUAACAUAAAUACAGGCUUGGGCUAAAAGUCAUGAAGAGGUCUGUUCAUGUCUUGUGGUGAUUGUCGUGUAGUGCUUUAAUUAAUUGAAAUUAUACCAGAGUUAAGAUGGUAUUUGACACUGUUACCAUGGUACUUCCAUCUGAAUUGCUAUAUGCUGUGUGUGUGUGUGUAUGUGUGUGUAUAUAUAUAUAUAUAUAUAUAUAUAUAUACAUAUACAUGCAUACAUAUAUAUACACACACACAGACAGACACACACACACUCACUGAGCAC